AUGUCAUCUAGAAAAAGACAUAGGAUUAGUGUAGUGUGUGGGUUCUGUAAAAAGCGGAAAGUUAAAUGUGAUAAAGGUAAUCCAUGUUCAACUUGUAUCAAAUAUGGCAAUCUGGAAUGCCAUUAUCAUAUACAAGGUGUCGAUGUUGUGAACAACAAGGUAAAUGAUGCAGAAUAUAUAGUGCAAGAUGAAUUACAGAUUUUAAAAGCUAAGAUACGGAAUCUUGAAGAAACGCUUACAACAAGUAAUGAAUCUUAUAAUGAAGACUCAUCUAUUCAUAACAGUAGCAAAAACGUGCUAAGCCAACCAUCUAAACUGGAAAACGGUAUUAGUUGCUUUGGUGGGUAUAAUCCAGUUGCGUCGCCAGAUGAAACAAUCAACUUUUAUGAAGGAUAUACGGCAGUUUUGGAUGGUGAGCCUGUCAAGAGAAGAAAUUUUGGUCCUUUGGCAUGGUUAUCAUUAAUUAAGGUUGAUCCUGCAUUGACUAUGCUAUGGUCCUUUAUUCAUUCGAAGAAAUUGCAGAAGCUGAACAGUUGUAUGACUGAAGGUAAUGGUAGUUGCUCGAGCCCAGAAAAACAAUUCAGGGAGAGAGAAUCCAAUGAUGCGGGAGUUAAUGAUCUCACCCCGUAUAAAGAUGUACCUCAGAGUCAGGUAUUUGCCCCUAAGCUUAUACCAAGUUCUUCAAAUACUAGAAAUAAAAUCAAUGAAAAGGCUAUGUUAUUAGGUCUAACCUUUUAUGAUGGAGGGAUUGAUGAGGAGUUGAAACUCAUUGAGAAAAUUGAAUUAGUAUUGCCUAAUAAAAGAAUAAUUUGGAAACUUAUUGAAAGGUUUUUUACGCAUUUAUAUCCGUUCUUUGCUAUUAUAGACGAACUGUACUUUAAAUCUCUGAUAACUCAAUUGCUUGGCCCAGAAAGUUUCGAUGACGAAAAAAUCAGUAAAUUGAAGGUUGAGAAAAGAUUAGACUUUGCUUAUUUGGGAUUAUUAUUGAUUGUAUUACGCUUGAGCUACUUGAGUUUAUUCUCAAAUAUCACUACAUUAAAUGAAGCUAAAUUAUACUCAAAUGACCCAUCGCCGCAAGCUCAGGAAUUCAGAUAUUUGCUAAAUAAUCCUAUCGAUAUUGAUGUAAUUGAUGUGGCACAACUAUGUUUGAAUCAAUUUGACUUACUAAGGAAAGCUAAUAUGGCUAUAAUGCAAUUGGCACUCUUUACAAGACUAUACCACAUGUAUGCCCCGGAAGAUGGUGAUGGGUCGGAUGGAGGUGAUUCACAAGUAUUUACAGGUAUGUUAAUUCAAAUGGCAAUUUCCAUGGGCCUAAAUAGGGAUCCUGAUAAUUUUCCAGAUCAAUUUAAUGAUGAAAAGACGAACAAUUUGGGCAGGAAAAUUUGGUAUCUUCUAUUGGUAAAUGAUAUGAAUAAUGCGAUGGCAAUGGGAUAUCCAAUGAGCACGAGCAUUGAAAUUUUCGAUACCAAGGUGCCGUAUUAUAAGAAUGGAAACGGUAACAUAAAUGAUAUUGAAUUAGAAAAAAGUGUCAUUUCUUCCUUCGGAAGGAUCGAAGCAAUUUAUGAGCCUAUGUCAAAAGUACUUAAAAUGAUCUUGAAUGUGAGAGGGAAUAUUAAAUUGUCAAAGGUAACAGCUGCUCUUGAUAAUUUAGAGAAAAGCUACAUGAACGAGUACUGUGAUCUAAGGAACUCUUUAGAUAAUGAAAUUUUAUCUAAAUCAGAUGUUGUCAAAAAGACGUUGAAGAUGAAAAUAUACUUCACCUGUCAUUUUUUCCGAGUAUCCUUGUUUUUCCACUUUUACAACUAUUACGAACGCAAAAACAAUUAUGAUUUAUCGUUUUUUUAUCUAAAAAAGAUUUUUUUGAUUACCGUACUUGAUUUGAUGCCGUUUUACAAUGAUAUAUUAGAAAGCAAUCGUUUGAUUUUCAAAAAUUCUACAGAUUUGGUUAUAACCCCAAGUUUUGAGCUGGCUAUUCACAAAUCCAUUGUGGUUAUAAUUGCAACAUUGAUCAAAGUCCAGUUGACUAUAUUGGAUUUGGAAUUAAACUAUAACCAUGAAGAAAGACUCCUUAGUGAUCUAGAUUAUAAUCUUCACUUUAAAAAGCUAGAAAGGCUUUUGGAUCUUCUUAAUAAAAGUUCCAAGGUGCUUCUUGACUAUAUAUCUAGAUUGAGUAGCCGGUAUUACUUUUCUUGGAGAAUAUCUAAAGCGCAGAAUUUUUUGAUGGAUACUAUUUUGUCAAAGGAGUUCUAUGAUAAGAACAUUGGAACUUCUAAAACUACUUUGCUUAACUUUACGAGCCCAAUGUUAGACGAAUUAAUCAAUAUUUUCGAAGAUUCCCUAGCUUCUAUUAAAGAAAAGAAACAUAUGAAUAGACGGCGCAGUAGAGUAGAGGUACCAAAUUCGGUUCCAUCAUUCGAUAAUGAUACAAGAAAUGGUUCUACUGAUUCAGCCAGUAACUAUUCAGAUAAUUCCUCUAAUGACUUCGGUACAAACGAUUUUAUCCAGAACGAUCAAAUUGAUAGUAUAUGGUUGAACAUGAUGUCGUUGAAAAAUGAGAAUGCAAACACCGGAAACCAGUUCAGAUCUAACCAAACAGAUAAUAUAUCACAGGAGGCCGGAAUUGGUGAAUUCAGCAGUAUUCCCAAUUAUAAUAACUUUGGCCUUGACCGUAAUUCUAGUGGUAAUACAGGGAAUGGGAACUAUUCUGCAGAGUUUGAUGAUAUAUUUGAAACAUUUCCUAUAGAUGAAUUAUUCAAAAAUUUGAAUUAA